AUGAUCUAUUCUCGAUUUCGAGGUUCCGAAGAAGCUUUGGAGAGAACGCAUAAUUUCCGUUUAGCGACGCUCACUGCGAAUUUUCUGCAGAUUCUCCGUGAAAUAGUGGUUAUAAGUGAUUGGAUGGCCUCCAUUAUCCGCGCCAGUCUGUUGGAAGCAUCUCGUAUUGUCCAAUUCUCAAGAACAGCGGUGCCAGAUAAUGACCUGUUACAUUUCACUUCGAAUGUGCUUAAUCAGGACGAGCUCGAUAUUUUCGAAAUUGUGUUCAAUUACAUGGGAUCGACAUUCUCGUUGACAAGGGGGGAUUCCGUAUUCCAGAUCGAACCUCACAGUGUCAGCGUAUCUGGAGAUUCAGCAAGCAAUAACAUGUCAAGUUUGACACUGAUAGAGAUUUCAGCCGCAGUUGUGAAUCACGAGGUUGAAUUGGUCUUCUCAUGUAAUCGGCAUAUGACUGGUUUGAAUAGCAUCCGGAAGUGGAUGGUCGAGUGUGUCGGCCUUUUAACAAAGGCAUCCUCAUUUGUGGGAACGACAACAUCACAACCGUCACACCUGUUGGCCAAUGAUUACUAUGAGGCUUGCGCCGUUGAAAAGAGAGCCUGCCAAACACUGGGUGUUGAUCCGUCCAAUGUGGACUCGAUUUAUCCGACUUCACCAAUGCAAAAUGCAAUGUUAAUCGCACAGGCUUCUGCUCCUGAGUCCUAUCAGGCCAAACUCCUUCUUGGUAUCCAAUCACGAGAUCAAUUUGGCAUAUCCCGUUUCCAAAAGGCAUGGACCAUGGUUGUCCGCGACAAUCCUAUUCUUCGGACAGUGUUUGUUCCUCGUCGUACGGAUGUAUACGACCAGGUAGUGUUGAACAACAAGAUCAUCGAUAGUCGGAUUGCACAGGUAGAAAAUAGUUUCCCAAGCAAUUUAGCCCGAAUGACCUCAAGUUGGAAGGUCCUUCAACCUCACAACAAGCUUACUGUUACGUACAAUGGCAACUACGCUACCUGCUUACUUGAAAUCAAUCAUUCCCUCAUCGAUCAUGUCUCCCUCCAGCAUUUACUGUGUUAUCUCUCUGAGAUAUACACUGGUUCAAUCGACACUGCGUUUGCCACCUCACUGGUGAAUUAUAACCUCUUUAUCAAACAUCUUGUCCAACACGAUUCACUGGCGUCCAUAAACUACUGGCGUCCAUAA